AUCCACCUUGAGAUCAUAUCGACCAUCCAAUUGAACUGCCAUUGCGACCGGCAUAGCCAUACGCUCGGAUUUCUCGCCGGUCAAAACAAUCGAAGAGAAAUCAUGACUAUCAAUCCUACAUAUCUCGCGCAGCGGACGCGCACUUCAAUCAACUGGGCAGAUGCAAAAGCCAGAGUUCGCAAGUCCUACCGAGAAUGGCUCCGAGCGUCCCCCGAAAUCCAAACAAUGUACUCCCUCAACAUCCCCGUAUCCGUAAUUCGAACCAAGAUCCGCCAACAAUUCGAGCAACAUCGUUAUGUUAGCCAGAUCAAUGUUGUUGAUGUGUUGUUGUACAAGAGUCAUGCUGAAUUUCAGGAAACAUUGAAUUACUGGAAACAGCUUUCUCAUGUUAUGAAGUAUUUCCGUGCGGAGGAGGAGCCUGCUGCUAGACUGCCGCCAAAUUUCAUUACUGGGUUCUUGGAGGGCCGCAACUAAUGCAGAUUCAAUGUCACAAUAUCAGUUUGUUCUCUGUGUUUGAAUGUCUCGGAAGAUAGAUGUCUUUUUGCAGUCUGUUCUCUGAGAAUGUUGUAUAUAAGUAUGUUCUAGACAAAAUCCGUUUUUACACAUCUUGCCUGC